AUGGAAACCGUGGACGUUGGCAAGCGAUCGCGCCUGGGUGGCUGCCACCUCUUUGACCACGUUGGUGACCCAAACGGCGCUGAAGAAUUGGAGCUUGAAGACGACGAUCACGACAACACCAACCUCGAUGGCGACGAGCCUAAUAUCCCCGCACCCGUUGAACGUUCACCAUCUCCUACUGUCGCACCUGUUGUUGAGGCUGAGGCUCACACUGACCAUCCGCAUGAUAUCCCACAAGCGAAGAAGCCGUCGAGGGCUCGAACUGUCCCCACACGCUCUCGCGCCUCCCCAGAACCAGGCCCUCGCUAUCACAUGCAGAUGCCAGAGGUUUUCACAGCGCAACUAGCAGAAACGUCUAAACGCGAGGAAGAACAACGCCAGCGUCGUGCUGAUGAGAUCGAGGCGCAGAAUCGUGCGCGGUACCAUACAGUUGUUUACUCUUGGGUAAAGGACGGCGUUCAACCGAACGUGUUCGAGUUCCAGUCAGGGACAUCAUCGUUCACAUGGCCCCACCUAUCACUCGAUCAUGGAGUCAUAUCCCUGAUGGGACUGGCCGCUGCCAGCAUUGAUGGAGGGGUGGGUGCCGCCUCCAUCAUUCACAUAUGGAACCAUCAGCGACGAGAGUGGCGAGGUGUGCAGCCAGGCUACCUUGUCACUGUCAUCGAAGGCCAGCCUGUCCUCCUCAGGAACACGAACGUAACUCAGUGUGUGGACCUCGAUAGCUGUAUCCGAAGCAUCAACGACUCCCCACCUAACCUUCGCUCUCACUUGGCUGCCGAUCGCGCUGCAGUCCGUGAGGAGCUGCGCCAGCAUCAUAACGUUUUGCCCGCACCCAACGAAGUUCUCUUCCACGCUCAUUCUCGUUCUCAGCCUCAGCCACAGAUGGGCACCUUGCCGUCUGAGUUGGAGGUCGAGGCCCUGUUGCUAUCAAAGGGCAAGGGUAAAGUCAAACCUUCCUCUCAAGCCUCACCUAGUCCUCCUCCUUCCAGACAACCCUCCGCAUCAUAUUCAGGAUAUUCCAUUCCAUCGUUCGGCACACCGUCUCCGCCCCCGAAAUUUUCCAUUGUUCGCCGUCGUCGCAGUCCACGCAGUCCCAGCUCCAGCCCACCUCGUACUCGUCGCAAACCCCUCGAACGGGCCACUGCACGUCCUUCAGUAGGUUCUUCAACGGCACAUCCUUCCAUAUCCGGAGGCACGCUCUCCGAUCCAAUCGACGUGGACGAUGUCAAAGUCUGGCCGGGUGAUUUCUACGCAUGUGAUGUUGCCAAAGGAUUCAGACUUUGCGAGACGAUCAGCAAGCGCCGCCAAGGUGUUGGCGCUGUGUUCCAGAAGAUGUUCGGAGUCCCUUACGCUAGCACGACAUUCCAUGCUCACAAGAAGCGUUGGGCAGAUGCGCCCGCCAACAUCACGGACAAGUUUAUUAAGGCUGGACGAACAGAAGAGGGUCUGUGGUCGAAGUUUAUGAUAGAGACACGUUAG